AUGGAGGGGAUUAUUCAGUACCGACUGCUGGGCAACCACCCAGCUGCUUCGGGCCGCUAUCUCACCGUCGGCUUUCCCGGCGAGACUACCACCACGGACAAAAUAGUGGACCAGAUCAUUCAAGAGCACCGCAUCAACACCAGUCGCUACAAGUUAGAAGUGUGCCGACUCGUACCGGGUCGUGACGCCUCGGCAUCGGUGCCACCUCCACCAGAAGACAGCGACGGCACCUUCUCAUUGUCGGGCGCAAUGACGGUGGCGCAAAGUGCGCUCGUACCUGUUGUCAUCUACGGCUCCGACGUACUCCACACGUAUGAUAGAUUGACCAUUACGGUUUCUAAGCGAGAUCUUGCAGAUGACGAGGCGUCGCAGAAAGAGAAGGAACGGCUUGAACGCCAGAGACAGCUGAGGGAAAUGGAGGAGCAGCUUCUUUGCCCCACUUCAGGGAUUGGCCAUUUCAUUGAUGGCAGUGCUGGCGUCCCCACCACAGCCUCGAAGCCGCCCCAGCCUUUCUCUUCGGCAGCUGCUGCACGACCGUGUUCAGCCUCCGCCGCGCCGGCGGUGGACAACCUGCGCCUUCAGCGCGCGGCAGCCCUGGCUAGCCAGCUUUUCCCUAUCAUGAAAGGUCAGCGCAGCACGUUGACGGGGCUUCACGAUGCUGCCAAUACUCACCAAUGCGUGCUUUGUCGCUUUUUGGCCUUUGAGGAGAUGUUGACGGCGUGCUGCCGGUUCUGCGUGUGCCACAACUGCUACGCAUCUGCGUCGGAGAUGGUGAUGAAAGAGGACCAGUGUCCUGUGUGUGGCAUCAUAGCAUCUUCCACGUCGCCGACUGGAGCUUCUCCCGUGACGACUCUGCCCAGUAGCAGCCUCACGAACGGUGGCGACGACCCCAUGGCCUGCAGGACGCGUGGACGGGGCGCCGGGGCUGAGGACCAUAGCGUGUGGAAGCGAGAAGAGGGUGAGAAAAAGCUGUCGAUGCAGCGAGCGGUGGGCGUACAAGGCGCCAAGGACACGAGCAGCCGCAGCGGUCACGGCGAUGGUCGGACUGCAGUCGAAACCCCGACAUGGCCUCGCGAUGCAAGUGCAGUCACCCCUUCGUCUACGGCGGCUUCUGGGCUCAGUCAUGCGAUGGUACCGAAGACUGCUGGGUCGCGCGCCGGCAGCGGCGGGGACGUCGGUCAUGCGGCUGCUUCUACUCCAUUCUCGCAGGACGUGGUGAGGACGGAGGAGCGCCUGCGCAGCGACCUGGAUCAGGCACUCUCCAUGCUGGACGCCCCCGACCCCCUCUCUGCGGCAGCGAAGGCGAAGCGCAUCGUUGGAGCUGAGCUGGCAGCUUUAUGCAACUGA